GGAAGUAGAUCCUUAGGCGAACGACCUCGUGAGAAAAAAACAUAAAUAAGCGCGCUAUUAGCAAUUAUAUUGUUUCAGAAAACAUCAAACGUUAUAUACGACCGAAAUAUAGUCGUUUAUGUGUUAAAAGGGAAUAAUUUUACGCGAUAACGACGUUCCUGCAGGUAACUAGUUCUGUUGGCGGAGGCACAUUGGGGUAGGGUCGUGAUUCGUUGUUUCCAAAUGUGGCAAGCGCGGCGUAAGUUUAGGUUUGAUUGAUGGCCUGUAGGCGGAAACUCUGCGCUGUAAACUUUGUACGAUGGUCGUAAAGGACUAGUUUUGGAGGCUUGUUUUUAGAAAUCACGAGCUGUCUAAAUCGUGGCUUUCAAAGAGACCGAUAUAUCCGUCCUCAAACUCCAGACUCGUUUUGUAUGCUGAGUUGAGCUAAUGUUAUUUAGCCUAGCAUAGGUAAGGUGAGUUGGGUUUGAUCUGGGAUCUGCUCGCACCUCUGCACUAACGCACCGCCGGCGAUGUUAGGGGGAAACGGGACGGCCAGAGGGGCUGUGCGCCCCGGUAACGGCGCGGGGUUGACCCCUCUACAGGUGGGCAGCACGUCUGGGGCUCUGGGGCCGGUGAACCUGCCCGACGUGGGCAGAUACGACGACAGGCCGUCGGUGGAGGCUGUGCUGAGCGGCUCCGACGGAGACUCGGACUCCGGGGACGACGAGGAGAGCCCCGCGCUGGACAGGAGAGGGGUGAAGCGGGAGAGGAGCGAGAUGGAGGUCGGUGUGUCCUCGGGAUCUCACGCGGGACUGUCUGCGGGAUACGGAGGGGUUUCCUCCGGGGUGGCUGGGGCGAAACCGGGCAAGAAAACACGAGGACGGGUGAAGAUUAAGAUGGAGUUUAUAGACAACAAGCUGAGAAGAUACACGACCUUCAGCAAGAGAAAGACUGGCAUCAUGAAGAAGGCUUACGAGUUAUCCACCUUAACGGGGACGCAAGUUUUGCUCCUGGUUGCCAGUGAGACGGGCCACGUCUACACGUUUGCCACUCGAAAACUUCAGCCCAUGAUCACCAGUGAAACGGGUAAGGCCCUGAUCCAGACCUGCCUGAAUUCCCCUGACUCUCCACCGCGCACGGACCCUUCCACAGACCAGCGGAUGAGUGCCACGGGAUUCGAGGAGACCGACCUCACCUACCAGGUCUCAGAGGCUGACGGGCUCACAGAGCCAAAGGAGAUGAUGAAGCCGGUGUUCACGGCGGUCUCUUUAGCUGGAGGAGGCACCAGCACCAACAGCACCACCACACAGUCGUCAGCCUCGUCCUCUCCCUCCUCGUCCUCCGUCUCCAUGCACACAUCCAGCAGCAGCUGCUGGCCGCUGGCGCAGAGCGUCUCCAGUGCCAACGGGACGGUGCUCAAGAGCUCUCCGGCGGGGGUCAUGCAGCUGCCCGGAGGAUUCACACUCAUGCCAGGCGCUUCUCUUCCUCCUGGCACACACACUGUUCCUCUCAGUCAGCUGCAGACACACUCUCUGGCCGUUCAGUGUGCACAGACUCAAGCCAGCAGCAGCAGCAGCAGCUCCACCGCCGCACACACACAGGCCACGCUCUUCCGCCUGCCGGCCGCCGUCUCGCUCGCAGGUGGUGCGAUGCCUCAACAGUUACAGGCCAUCCAGGUUCACCCCAGUCCUCAGAGCAGUGACAGCAGUCCUGAGAUCAGCCAGACCUCCACCAGCUCCACCGCCAGCCACACCGCUACCAUAGUCACGUCCUCAGUGCCUUCUUCAGUGGCCGGUCACAUGAUGUACCCCGGAGCGCACGUCAUGUACGCUACGUCCUCCUCCGGCCUCGCUGACGGGGGUCUGACUGUGCUCAACACCUUCCCUCAAGCCCCCGGCACCAUGCACAUGUCCCACACACAAGCCCAAGACUCAGGUGCAGUACCCCAGAUGUUUUUCACGGGACCUCCUGGAACCGUACAGAUCCCGGUUUCAGCCGUUCCUCUGCAUUCGAUGUUAAUAAACCAGCAGCCCACGGGUAGCAGCAGUGCCACCCUCACAGAGCUGCGGGUGGUGAACCUGGACAAUCCCAAAGGAGACUGACCCGUGACGCCCGAGGCCGGUGUGACCGCUCACUCACACUGAUAAUCCAGGGAUCACUCAUGCCAUGCAAUCAGACUGCCAUUAUAUUUAUUACUGCCUUCUCGCUGCGUGGGACGUGCGUCGAUAGCGUCUGAAGGAUGAUCACGUCUCCACACGGACUCGUUUGUUCACGCGCAUCUAUACUUCAGGAUUUCAUAGAGACGUGUCUGCACUAUCACUUCUGGGGCUUCGCCUGUUUUUGACGAAAGAUGUACGAUUAUGUUCGCUUUGAGUAAAUCCAAACCUCUUCGCUGUGUAAACAGCUGAAGGAGCUUCAGUUCAACCUGUCUUUCUUUUAGGAAUGCCUCUCUUGAUCGGAUUCGUAAUCCGUUUUUCUUUUGAGGUCAAAAAUGGAUUCUUUCUAGAGUUUAUGUUGGGAAAUCAGCCUCUUGGUAUAGUUUCACUGGCGGUUUCUGUGUGUUAUUUAUGUCCAACCUUCUUUCCAUUUAAAUAAAUGGUGACUGAUACGGUCGAGCUCCAAGUACCACCGUUUUAUAUAUAUUUUUUGGUGAUUUUUAGAGCUCAAUGGCACCCGUUCCCAUUUAUAAGCAUCAUCAGACUUGGAAAGACACGAGGGUGAGGAAAUCAGGAGUGAAAUUGCUCUAAAACUAAUGCUGGAUACUCUUGCACUGCCAUCAAUAUUCACUAGGGGCUUCAUGUACAGUUUCAAUUGAUCAUUUUUCUUAAAAAUACAGGUUUUUUUAGUCCAUCACUUUCUCUAUGGCCUUUGUUUUUCAAUUGAUCCUUCAACUGACCAAUCAAACGCCAAAUCUGCCAUUUUGUCCGACAAAUAAACAAACCAGACCGAGUAGAUUAACAUCGGUAGACUUACACUUGAAAAAAAGUGUAUUGAUGUCUUUCUGCGAUUGAAACGAGAGACCCUCUGAUGUUCGUUCAGGUUUAUUUUGUGCUAUAACUAGUAAAUAUGAAAGAUGUGCCGCUUGAUGUGAGGCGCUACAGCAAUCUCUCAACGACAAACUAAAGAGCCACAAAAUGGUAUUUAUGGUUUUUAAUUUCUUAAAUCCCUUAAUUUGAAAGCUGAGACUUAGUUGGGGGCAAGGAUCAAUUGCAAUUGAUAGGAUACCCUAAAAUAGUCAAAUUAUUUCUGUGCUGCUAUAAUUUGGAUUUAAACACGAUCCAUACUGCAAAAAUGUAGGAAAAUGAUUGCAUGUCAUUCCAUGUUGUAAUGCUGUGCCAAACUAUACUGUACGUAUCAAUGGCUGGAGUUGAAUCUAGCGGUCAAGAAGUCGACCUUUCUGCUUCGAGGCAUCACGUGCUUUCACUUCUUAUGAUGCUGUAAGAGAAAAACACUGACUUGCAUUUGCACUGCACGACAACGUACCGAAAACAGCGGUGCUGCGCAAUCACAGGUGAAUAAAGGAUGUGGAUUGUGCUCUCAUGGCUUCUUUAGUUUACCCAAAUAUUACAAUAUGUGCUGGAUCUGCUACUAGGUACUAGAAUGGCAUUUUUCAUUAUUAUUCUUUUUCAAAAAAACACUUAUUUUAACUGAAAUAAGUUAAAUCAAAAGUGUUUAUAUCGUGCACCCAUAUAUUAAUAUCGUACUUUUUUUUUGUCACCUUAAUUGUAUAUUUUUUUUUAUGUUUCAUUUGGAUUUCUUUCGAUAUCCAAAGGGCUGUAAAUCUCAACGUGUGUAUACGAUUCAUUUGGUUUUUCUCCACAGAUUUCACUCAUCCAGACUGCAUGUUUGGACCAUAAAGCCUUUUUCUCGUACUGUUAAACCGAAUUUAAAUGGACCACGGCAAUACCGGGAGUUUCAGGAAUGGCGUAGUCUCUUCUUUUAGGGGAUUUGAGCACGUGUUGAACCACGCAAACCGGAUUACGAAUGAAAAAAAAAAACAUUGUGGGAUAUCUGAAGCAGCCCGAACACAAGUAUUUGACUGUUUUAUUCAGUAUUAAUGCGUUUUAAGUCCAGGGGAAGACGUUUUUGAGUUAUGUUCUUGGGUGAAUUACAUGAAUGCUUUUAAGGACUUGUCCAGGUCAUAUUUCACUCCCAUCCAAAAGAAAAAAUUAUUUUGCGUGAAGAAUUAAAGGAAUAGUUCACCAAAAAAAAAAUUUAUUUGCUUAAAAUGUAUUCACGCUCAGGUCAUCCAAGAUGUAGAAGAGUUUGUUUCUUCAUCAAAUUUGGAGAAAUGUAGCAUUGCAUCAGUGUCUCAUCAGUGGAUGCUCUGCAGUGAAUGGGUGCCGUCAGAAUGAGAGUCCAAACAGCUGAUAAAAACAUCACAAUAAUCCACAGCGCUCCAGUCCAUCAGUUAACGUCAGGAAAAGUGAAAAGCUGUGUGUUUGUAAGAAUCAAAACAUAAAGACAUUUUAAACCUGUGCUUCAUUUGACGGCACCCAUUCACUGCAGAGCAUCCACUGGUGAGCAAGUGAUGCAUUGCCACAUUUCUCCAAAUCUGAUUUUGGGUGAACUACUCCUUUAUUUAUAUUUUUUUGUCUUGAGACAUUUUAAACCACACUUUUGCGCAGUUUUUCAAAGUGGUUAGAUAUUGUUAGUACUGUUAAAUAGCUUUUAAUUAAAGGAAAAUAAAUGUUUACAGUAUCACAACAAUAACGAUCACCAUUUGAAAAUGUUUAUAUAUUAGGAAUACACCUAAUUGUCAUGAAAAUAUUUUCACAACGCAAAAAAAGAAGAAAAGUUAGCGGUUUUGCUUUUUGUCAUUUUUAUUUUUGGAGUGAAAUAUGAGCUGUGUUUGACUCUUUAUAUGGGCUGUUAUAGUAUGAAAUUGUGUAAACACUAGAGGAAAGUGUUGAAUGUACCAUACUGUAUACGGCCCUUAUUGUACAUAAUCUGAUUUCUGACUUUAUCAAGCUGUAAGUAGCUCACAUGGCUGCGUUUGAAAUUACAAUGCUUUAGUUUAAUGUGAAGCACAGACGUGUGUCAGUGCUGGUUUAUCUCUUUCCUUUAGCACCGUGUAACCAGUUGUGGAUGAAACGUUUGCUUUAUGCUCAUUGUCUUCUCCAGUGCCAUUUAUUGAAGAAUUAGGUUUGUUUUGUUUGUUUUUGUAUCACAUGCUGGGUAAGUUUUAAUUUGAUUAAAAUCUAAGUUGGUAUUACGAACAAUGAAAGCGAAAUCCUGUUUUAACCAUUAACACGUACUUGUGGUGAAGGAAAUGCUGUAGUUAUGUAGUUAAGAGCUUUCUUUUUUAAUAAAAGAAAGAUUUGAGAAUCAUUUCACACAA